AUGCUUCGCAAGGAGGGAAAGGUGCUCUUCAAGACCAUGGUCCGAGGGUGGCAACCCGGAGACCUCUCGCUCGUCGCCGGCUCUGUCCUGAGGCUGUGUCACACUAAGCGUGGUUUCGCCAAUCACGCCUCCUGCAAGGAGCAACCGUUGGACCGGUCUUCGGAGGUGGUUAGACUCUCCGAGCAGGACGUGGGGAAGGCCGGCAACGGACGGUUCAUGUUCCGCGUUGUGUCCGGGGACCCUCGCGGGAAGACCAACACAAAGUGGACGCUGGAUGCGGAAAGCCAGUCGGAGUUGGACGCAUGGGUCUCUAUCUUGACAGAGGCAAUCAUCGCCCAAGGACCUGCCGGUGACGAGGAAACAAAUCGCUUGGACGGCGCUCCGCUGGCACAAAACCUUGGCGAUUCGUCCGUCACCUCAUCGAAGCUGGAGCCAGAUACCCCGGACGCCUCACCCGCCUUCCGUGGCCACGUCAUGUCGCCCGGGGACUACCCCCUACAAACUGGGCAGUUCUUGUCAACCGCAUCGCUGGUGGACUCGACCAACGUAGAGAUUACGGAGAUCGGCGACGUCAUCGUGCGGGCAGGGGAUAUUCCCGCGUUCUCCGGAGAUAAGCCGCCCCUGUGGGCAUACCGCGCUACGGGUUCCACCGGGGACAAGGCCGACGGGGGGCUGGGGUGCGUCUUGGAGUCUUGGUGGCGGAGGAUGGUCAAAGGCACUGACGACGAUAUUCCGGUACACCUCUAUGUAAAGAACGGGAGGUGGAGGGUUGGCCGGGGCCGGCUCUGCACGAUGGGCCAGAGCCCAAAGCCGCACGGCAGCUGGAGGGCCAACUUGCCGUGGGAUGCGAAAGGGCGAGCCAUCAAGACCGCUGGGCUUGAGCUUCGAGACGGCGCGCUGGUGCUGGUCACCCCCCAGGGGGAAACUUUGUGGAGCUCUGCGUCGCCCCCGUCAUCGGAGGAUAGAGGCGUAGGGGGUUGA